AUAAUAAUAAUAUAUAUUUUAUAAGGUCAUUAAUAUAGAGACUGUACUAAUAUUAGACUCAUCAUUAUUACUAGAUUGUAUCAGCGUGUAAAUCAGACAGAAUGCUGAAAGCUGUGAUUCUGAUUGGAGGAGCGCAGAAAGGAACGCGUUUCCGGCCGCUGUCCUUUGAGGUUCCCAAACCCCUGUUUCCUGUCGCAGGAGUUCCCAUGGUGCAACAUCACAUUGAGGCCUGCGCCAAGGUCCCAAACAUGAAGGAGAUCUUGCUGAUUGGAUUUUACCAACCGAACGAGGCGCUAAACCGAUUCUUAUCAUCGGCACAGCAAGAUUUCAAGAUACCUAUAAGAUACCUACAGGAAUAUGCAGCUCUGGGAACUGGAGGAGGGAUCUAUCAUUUUAGAGAUCAGAUCCUGUCUGGUUCUCCUGAAGCGUUUUUCGUCCUGAACGCAGAUGUGUGCUCGGAGUUUCCUCUUAAGGACAUGCUGAGCUUUCAGAAGGAGCACGGAGACGCUCAUAGCUUCGUCAUCCUGGGCACCACGGCCAACAGGAAACAGUCGUUAAACUACGGCUGCAUCGUGGAGAACGAACAAACCAGUGAGGUGCUGCAUUACGUGGAGAAGCCGAGCACGUUUGUGAGCGACAUCAUUAACUGUGGAAUUUAUCUCUUCACCCCGGAGAUCUUCAAGCACAUCGGAGACGUUUUCCAGAAGAACCAGCAGGAUCUGAUGCUAUAUGCGUAUGAAGGAGAUGAACAGUGCAACGGAAAGCAGAGAGCGGAGGUGAUCAGACUGGAGCAGGAUAUCUUCACAGCGCUGGCGGCUCAGAAAAAACUUUACGUCUAUAAAACCGAUCGAUUCUGGAGCCAGAUCAAGUCUGCUGGAUCAGCCAUCUAUGCGAGUCGAUUGUACCUGAACCAGUACCAUAAAUCUCAUCCCGAGAGACUGGCUACUAAUAAGGACGCAGGACCAAAAAUAAUCGGAAAUGUCUACAUCCACCCCACAGCCGUUAUUGACCCGACUGCAGCGCUUGGGCCGAACGUUUCCAUUGGGAUGGGGGUGACGAUCGGAGCCGGGGUUCGAGUGAGAGAGUCCAUCAUCCUCCACGGGGCCACGUUACAGGAUCACAGCUGUGUUCUGAACAGCAUUAUUGGAUGGGACAGCACCAUCGGUAGAUGGGCGAGAGUGGAAGGAACCCCGAGUGACCCGAACCCCAACGACCCGUACGCUAAAAUGGACAGUGAGACUCUCUUCAGAGAAGGAAAACUAACACCGUCCAUUACUAUACUAGGAUGUAACGUGACCAUCCCGUCUGAAGUGAUCAUCCUCAACUCCAUCGUCCUUCCACACAAAGAUCUCAACCGCAGCUUCAAAAACCAAAUUAUACUCUAGUGUGUGUGUGUGUGUGUAAUCCCCUAUAUACCUAGCUACUGUUGAGGUCAAAAGUUUACAUGGUUUUUGGAAAUGUCUGUCGGGUCAAAAGUAUAUAGACAGCAGCUUAAACUGUUAAUCUGGUGACUGUGAAAUUUUUGACAGUGUUGUGACAUGGACUCCUAGUCACGAUUCACUAUUUAUUUAAUUCCUCCUGUAAAUUGUGAAAGUGAAAAUGACAAUACAGAUGAGAAAAGUACACAGCUUUUGUUUAGGAAUACACAGGGUAUAUAAAUAAAAUAAAGGUAAAUUAAAGUCCUGCUUUUUAAACAGGAUUUAUUCCAACUUGUUCCAACUUUUUUGGAAUGUGUUGCAGGCAUAACAUUUGAUGUGUAUAUAUAUAAACAUAUAAUAUAUAUAUAAGCUUUUGGAACAUUAUAGUGUGUGUAUGUACACACACCAUAAAGUUCAUAAAGUUAAAAUAAUAUUGUCUUUGUAUAGUUUUCAAUUUAAUACACUUUGAUUCCCAGGCGGGGCACACCGGGUCCUUUCUGUGCGGAGUUUGCAUGUUCUCCCCGUGUCUGGGUGGGUUUCCUCCGGGAGCUCCGGUUUCCUCCCACAAUCCAAAAACAUGCAGUUAGGUUAACUGGAGUCACUGAAUUGCCCUAUAGGUGAAAGGGUGUGUGUGUGUGUGUGUGUGUCUGCCCUGCGAUGGACUGGCGCCCCAUCCAGGGUGUUACUGUGUGCCUUGCGCCCUUUGAAAAGCUGGGAUAGGCUACAGCACGCCCCCUGCAACCCUGAUUGGAUAAUCGGAUAAGAAAGUGAAUGAAUUAAAAUGUAUAAUAAUAAUA